GAGAGAGACUAAGACGGAUAACGCGUCAUCUCGCCUUCCCAAAUUUUCCCCCCUCGCUACACCGGGUCCAAAACCUCCAUCCGGAGCCGGCAGGAGAGGAGAACGAUGUUUAACUCGGUCAACCUGGGCAACUUCUGCUCGCCGUCGCGCAAGGAGAGGGGCGCUGACUUCGGCGAGCGAGGGAGCUGCGCCUCCAACCUCUAUCUGCCCAGUUGCACUUAUUACGUGCCCGAGUUCUCCACCGUCUCCUCCUUCCUGCCCCAAGGCCCCUCUCGUCAGAUCUCCUAUCCCUACUCAGCCCAAGUACCCCCCGUCCGGGAGGUCUCCUACGGCCUGGAGCCAUCCGGCAAGUGGCACCACCGGAACAGCUACUCUUCCUGCUAUGCGGCGGCCGACGAGCUUAUGCACCGGGAGUGCCUUCCUCCUUCCACCGUCACCGAGAUCCUCAUGAAAAACGAAGGUUCCUACGGCGGCCACCACCACCCCAGCGCCCCGCAUGCAGCCCCCGCUGGCUUCUACUCCUCAGUCAACAAGAACAGCGUCCUGCCCCAAGCCUUCGACCGCUUCUUCGACAACGCCUACUGCGGUGGCGGCGACGCGCCCGCCGAGCCCCCCUGCUCCGGCAAGGGCGAGGCCAAGGGGGAGCCCGAGGCGCCCCCGGCCUCGGGACUGGCGUCCCGAGCAGAGGCGGGGGCCGAGGCCGAGGCCGAGGAGGAGAACACAAACCCCAGCUCGUCCGGUUCUGCCCACUCGGCGACCAAGGAGCCGGCCAAGGGAGCCGCCCCCAACGCCCCCCGCACCCGCAAGAAGCGCUGCCCUUAUUCGAAAUUCCAGAUCCGGGAACUGGAGCGUGAGUUUUUCUUCAACGUGUAUAUCAACAAAGAGAAGCGGCUGCAGCUGUCCCGCAUGCUGAACCUGACGGACCGACAAGUGAAAAUUUGGUUUCAAAACAGAAGGAUGAAAGAAAAAAAACUGAGCAGAGACCGGCUGCAGUAUUUUUCGGGAAAUCCGCUGCUGUAACUGCAGACCGGGGUCUUUAGGGGGAGGGAGGGAAAAGGGGAAAUUAUUUUAUUUUAUUUUUAUUUUUUAUUUUCUAACUCGUCUUCUUUCCACGGGUGGAAAUCUGGACUGUGGCCAGGGCUGGCCCCCACUGCCGUUGCUGGCACCGCCUUCCGGGACCUCCUUCACCUUCGGUCUGACUCUCAGUGUGGGGACAGAGGCCAGGCCUGACAAAAGGGGUGAAGGGAAGUGUCUGACCCACGGCGAGUGGACCUCGUUGGUGCCGAGGCCCCAAGACUCUUUUUAUUUAAAAGAAACACACCUUGCGCGACAACGUUUUGCUGCUCGGAUUGGGUGGGAGGAGGGGCAAGCGUAGUGAGCGCCUGAGCGAACAAUCCUGAAACUGCAAGCCUUCCCUUGCCCCAGUGAAAAGAUCCUCUAAGACACCUUGACUGCAAGGGGAGACCUGUCUGGCUCCCCGCCCCUACUCCACCUCGCCCUACUGAUUGGGGUAGCUAAAUGUGAUCCUCUGCCUUGCUGUGAAAUUUCUGUACCUUCGACUUGGUGUUAGGUGUGCAAAGUUCGUGUCCUACCUCUGUCUGCGCCCUGGCCCCGCCUGAACCUAGUUGUUCUCCCUCUAAAUGUGUACAGCACUCCUUUAAAAUUUCUCAACUGGUGCAUUGAGGUGCCCUAACCUUUUUCCAAGCAGUGCCCCACUCCAUGGAUUUAUGGCUAAUCUAUGCAGUUGUUACCUUCUUUCUAAGAAAGAAGAGAGGAAAGAAAAGAAGAUAGAUUGAGGUGGAAGAGGAGUAGGGAAAGCAGUAGAGAGAUGGGUUUGGGCGCCUCUCCCAUGCUGGGGCCUGAUAUAUAUAUAUACAUAUAUAUAUAUACAUUUUUUUUGUAAAUAAGUUUCACAAGCCUUUCUUUCUGUCUAGAGAGGAUGGGGGAGUAUGCGCUGGAAUGAGAUUCAAAUCACCCACCUCUCUCCAUGUGCGUGAGUGUGUGUGUACAUGUGCAAUACCCACCCUGCUUCUGUCCCAGUGGGAUUGCUGUGAAUUUUUUGGUGGCAAAUAAAGAU